AGCGCCCUCUAGUGGGCUACCGUUACCGACUAUGCUCAUCUCAGGCAGCACAAAACAAUCUCUCAAAGACUUUGAGCAAAACAUGUCUUGUACGUAACGGUUCGGGAUCUAAAGGCGGCUUCUCGCUUCCAGCGUGACAAGAAGCAUUGUCUUUGUUUUUCUUCACAAGUUGCCUUCCACUGCUGUAUGAUUCCCGUCGUGUCAGCGGCAGAAGAGCCAGAGAGAUGUCUCAGAAAGCACUGGGAUCCCUUGUAGCUCUUCUGUGUGCCGGGGCCUGUCAGGGAAAGGAGUUCUGUUUUGGUGUAAACAAUGAGCAAUACCGCUGCGAGAUGGGCUACUGUUGCGGUGAAACCAAGUGUUGCACCUACUACUACGAGCUGUGGUGGUUCUGGUUGGUGUGGACUCUGAUCAUCAUGCUGAGCUGCUGCUGUGCGUACCGCCACCGCAGGGUGAAGAUGCGUCUGCAGCAGGAGCAGCGGCAGAGGGAGAUCAGCCUCAUGGCGUAUCAGGGGGCCUCCAGCUCCUUCAUCUCUCCGCCGCCCCCCAGCCUGAGGUUUUGGAACGACUGUAAGCUCCCCGACUAUGAGGAGGUUGUGGGCCAUCCCCCGACUCCUCCUCCACCCUACUCCGAGGCCCCGCCCCCCCUCCCCCUGCCAGCCAGUCAGCCUGCGGCAGCCGCCACCGCCCUGGUGCUGCCCCUCCCCCAGGCCGCUGGGUCCGCCUCACCAGCACCACCAGCACCAGCAGCCUCCAGCCCGUCACAUCCGCCGUCGGGGCGGGCGGAGGAAGAGGAGGAAGAGCUGACAACCCGCCGGCGCCAUGUGACGGGCGACUCUGGGAUCGAGGUGUGUGUGUGCCAGCUGGAUGAGGAAGAGGAGGAGGAGGAGGAGCCACAGGGGGCCGCUGAGAUGCGGCUGUGCCGGAGCGCGGGGGGGGACUGCUGCUCCGGGCCUCUGCACCACCAGAAGCGAGCCCUGAGACACCAGGAUCCCAGCCGGCCGGGACCCCAGACCGCGGGUGCCGGCCCGGGGGACCAUAUGGUCUAGGAUUAGGGCACCCGACCGCCCUGGGCCACUGCCGCUGCCGAGUCUUGUUUCAAAUAAUGUCUCUGCCUGUCUUCUUGCUUCACAGAGGCUCCAACAACAAGAGCUAAUGUUGGCAGUCGUCGUGGCAACCGUCGGUCAGGGUCGUGAAGAUGGGAAUUUAAAGAAAGAUGAUUGGGAAAAAACCUAAAUGUACGGAUGGCCGUACGGAUGAAGUAUUUCCAGAUUAGGAGUGAUGCCUCCUUUUCAGAAGAAAAGGAAAAUCUGUGCCCCCAGAUAAAACAUGGGGGGUGAUUUCAGUGAUUGAUUGUAACCAAAAGCUGUAGUGUUAGGCUUAAACUCCUCUCUCCCUUCUCUCCUGUCUGGUUUUCCUCUCCCUCUGGUAUUGGCUGAUUCAUUGCAUCGGUCCCAAGUGAGGCCCGGCGGGGGUUCAGGAGGACUUCUGAUAACAUUCUCCCCCCAGACCAAAGAGUGGACCCUGUGAUAACAUCAGCUGUGUGCUGAUGUCUGAGGUCAUAGCAUUAGAGCAUUCCCGCCAUCUUGGAUCUUAACAUGAAUGUCUUUGCCGGACCGGUUGGAUAUGGAGUCUAGAGAGGCUUGACAGACGAGAGCAAAAGGAUAGAGCUUGGAGAGGAGUUUGGACUUUGACUUUUCUGCUUGUGCUUCUAGUUUCUAUAUCAUACUGUCUUUGAUGGGAACCCUUUUGGUUCCUUUUACCCGUCAUAUCAAACUGUUUAAUUCUCUUCACACCCGAUUCAGUCAUGUGGUUGGCCCUUCAUCUGACAGCGAUUGGAUUUGAACAAUUGGUUUUAAUGGGACUUGUUAUCUUGGGGUGUGUGUGGUCUUUUUGGUGGUUGUUACUGUUGCUUUAAAUCACAGCGGGAUCAACUACAGGCGCAGCCCUCACCCAAUGAGAGGGGUUCCUGAGCUGUGUUGGGCUGCAAAGUUCACCCAUAAGGAUCCUGCUUGCGGUUGUGUGUGCGAUGUAAAGUGAUGUGUCUGCAGCGGGAGAUGGGCUUCAACCCUCCCACAGCGCUCUGAUUCAACAGGAACAGUGCUAGGGUGUCUGCUUGGUUCUCUAGAGUUGGGAAACUGAUGUCAGGUUUGAAUACACGUGACCGUGAUCAAACGCUUUUCCCUCUAUGUUACACACAAACACACACACAAAACACUUGAAUUCCGACCGAGGUUUAAGAUCCAUACGUCCUAUAUUUCCAUAUUUUUUAAACUGUGUGUACUUAUGCAGUGAGCACCUAGUGAGCUAGAGUUAGCUAUCCCUGCGGGGUAGCGGUCACCAGCAGUGGAUGACUGCUGCAGCUUAGAUAAGGACGCGUCAUAGGGUUCCUGUGGUAUACUCUGUUCAGUAGUGGUCGGGCUGAAAGAGGAAAUGUCCAUGCUACAUGGUAGCGUCAGCUAGUGUUAGUUAAGCUGCACAUAGUAACUGCAUGCUGCUCGCAUCGUCAUUAGAAGCAUGGUGGUGGAAUUUGGUGAUUUCACAGAAGAAUUGUAAAGAAGCACCCCACCUCCCAAAAAACACCUUUAACUCUUUCUCUGGGUCUCUGGGUUUCAUCAAACAAGAUGACGGUGGACCCAUUUCCUGUUUUUUAACCCAUGACGAGGUCAGACAGUAGGCGUCUUCUAUUGGGCUGAAAGCGACAAAUAUACUCACAGAAAAGAACUACAUCUAUGUCUAGCUUUUGUAUUGAGUAAGCACCGCAGCCCCAGCACGAUGAUGUCCUCCCAAACACAGAGUAGUCUCCUUCUGUCUGACAUCCACACUUGAUGAAGUGAUACGCUUGUAUUUUAGUGUGGAUUACAUUUAAUCGGUGGCCGCAUAAACUUGUAAACUUUUUUUUCAUACAUUUCCUAUGUAUACACCUUAAGCUGCCUUGCUAUGUAAUUAGGCAACCGUUUUCUUGUCAUAAGGUUGCACAGUAGAUUAGGUUUUUAUUUUGGACUGGAAAAGAAUACUUGUGCUUACCUAUGUCGGAAUGCCUUAUUCAUUUGUCGAUUUAAAUUAUGGUUUUGAUCAGUUCUGUGAUAAGUAAUUGGUGGCUUGGUGUUUGUUGUUGUUUUUCGGGCAAGAAACGAGUCAUGUUUGUUUGUUUGUGUGGCAUGCAGAGCAUGUUUAUUGUAGAGCACUUCCUGUCUUCCUGUUGGAGACAGGAAGUGGCUUUUAGGCUGUUCUCAACCCACUAUAACUGAACCACUAGACAUUCAUGUAUGAGGUGGUGGGCUUUAGUUUGGUCAAAUAAAGUGUAGAAAAGACAAUGCUUUUGAUGAGAUGGGGCGACCUAGGGAUGUUUUGAUAUUUUACAACGACUGUAUUGAGAUCGGCCUGGGAUCCAAAACCCAUGAUUUAAAUUUUGUUUUGGAAACUUUUUUCAUAAAUUUAGGUUUGGUUUGUAUUAUUGCUUAAAGAUGUUCCGGGGGUAGUAAAUGGGGGGGCUAUACUUUAAAAAUUGCCAAAAAAAGGCUUCUCACAGUUUACCUAGAUGAAGGGCUAUAUGGUAAAUUAAUCACACACCUCCUCAUCCCUUAAGAAGGGUUGGAAUCUCUGGCAUGGUUCCUGUGUUCAGUUUGUGGGGGAUAAAGAGUUCCUCCCAGCACGGUGAUGGUUUAUAUUCAACAAUAAGUGAUUGUAUACAACAAUGUAUAUUCAAUUAACAAGCUACAUCUGCCUUCUGCGUUGAGAGUUAUUGAGUUUCGUCUUUCUUCAAUGUUCACAGAGGUGUGUGAUGUGUCCACCUAGGCUCCACAGACCAACCCCCCCCCCCCUCUCUCUCUCUCACAUACAUACAUACAUACAUACUUGAGCCCCGAUCAUCUUUUAUUUUACACCAGUUUAGC